CUCCUAAAUCUCGUGACCAUUUCUUUUCUUUUAAUUUAAGCGGUUCCUUAAGAAAAAGAAAGGGAUUCAUUUAGCUUGUUUGGGAAGCAGAUGGAGAGGAGGAAGAAGAGAGAGAGUGAGUUCAAGUUCAAGCUGGUGAAACUAAAAGACGCCAUUAACCUAAUCGACCAACAAGUUAAUCUCCUUGGUAUCGUUCUUGACCGAAAAGAACCCAAGCUAUGCCGCAACAACGAUUGGAUAUGUACGCUUAGUAUAAUCGAUGGUUCCUACGAAAGACCUGGCCUUACUGUUAAUGUAUUUAGCAAUAAGCGUGAAGAGCUUCCGAACCACGAUGGGAUGAUUCUGUUUAUAAACAUCAAGAUGAAAUCUUAUGGUGGUGGGAACAGAGUAAAUGCUGCCUGUAACAAAGGGGUUUCUUCCUUUGCCUUGUUUAAAAGACGAACCGACGAGGCUUUUAUCUGUUACCAACGCACCUCCAAUUUUCGCUGUGAAGAGAGAUACAAGAGUUCUAUGGAGGAGCUAGCCAAAUUGUUUCCUACUAGUUGCAGCCUUGAUCAAAAUCUGGAGUUUUCAUUUUUGAGGGAGAUCAAGGAAGGAAAACCCUUCAAUCUGCUGUGCAAGAUCCUCCUCCAUGUCGUCAAUGAAGAAGAAGACAUGAGCACCAUUUUCGUUUGGGAUGGAACUGAUGCACCCCCUGCUUCUAUUGGGUUUAAAGACACGUCAGCUGUUACCAAUCUCUCACUUCUCUCAAGAGAUACAUUGCGCAGCUUUCCCACUGUUGGAACCAUAUUGAGACUCUCUCUAAGUAAUCAUCUGUUAUAUGGUGUUAAACCUGGUGACUGGGUGAAACUCUACCAGUUACUUUGUGUUGUUGAUAAGGGAUCUUGGGUAGCUAGUGUUACGGACUCCACAACGGUUACUCUAGCACAUGAUGAUCAUUUAGUAGAAAAGAUUAUGAGGAUUUAUGAUAAGAGAAUCACAUCAAAGUUUGGGCACAUUCCGUUUUGGUGUUUUCCAUCUCCUCCGGGAUUUACAGAAACAGAUGACGAUCAAGCCCCAUUUGUUACACUCAGAGACAUUAUAACUUUCUCCAAGGUUACAUACAAAUACAGAUGCAUUGUUCGAGUCGUAUCUGCAUUUCGUUCGCAAGAAGAGGACGAGAAUCGUCAUUACCGAGUUUUGUUGACCCUGGAGGAUCCAACAGCUACUUUGGAGGCUUUCUUAUGCGACAAAGACGCAGAGUACUUUUGGGGCUUAGGGUUACAGAACACAGAGAUGUUGAGGAAGCAGUGGAAUCAGUUGCUUGGAAUAACAAGGGAAAGCUCAGUGUCUUUGGGUAUAAGAAAUCCACCAUGGAUCGAGUGCUGUAUCUUCUCCUAUUAUACCAAUAAAGCUGACCCUUGGAAUACAAGAUUAUACAAAAUAUUUGGCACUCGCCUUCUUGAUUUAGAAGCUGUUUAGUGGGUCAAAUCACUAGAAAUUUAGGUAUUUAGACCAUGUUUAUAAAUAUAGGAUGUUCUUGACUUAGCUGUCAUUGAGACCAUAUAAAGUAGUGGCAAAUUUGUUUUAAGUAGAUACUAGCUGCAAGGGAUAUGGUCUAUAAAAAUGAAUCAAUCUGGUUUGUGGUUACAAACCAUUAAAUCAGACUUUACAUCACCGGAAACAAUUAGUCUCAAUGCAGAGAGCGCUUUGGGAAGAAGCACCACCGCAACUCUGCUUUUGUUGAACAACUAAUUUCAUAUUCAAAACAUAAAUAGGUAUCAGAAUCUAUCUAUAUAUAUAAAAUAGACUUUCAAUCACUCCUAGUGCUGCCAUCAAAGACGACACGUCAGAAAUAGGAAGCUUCCUGCGUUGACACGUGUCUAUGUAAAAGAAACGCUCCGUUUCAUUUAAAUUAGAUAUAAUGGGCUUAAGUUUGUACUGUAUUUUCGGCCCAUAAUCCUAAUCUGAUAAGGCUGAAAAGUGUGUCCUUCUCUCUUCUGCCUGCGACGGCUAUGGUGACGCUAGAGUUUCUUCACCGUUACUAAAACAGUUUUAGUUAUGGUUUCUUGGUGUUUAAUCCCAAAUCUGACGCCCACUAUAUUUAUACCCCCUUGAGUUUGCGUCCUUGAAGCUCUGUCGAUUUGGGUAUAAAUAUGUUCGUAUUUCUCUUCUAGAAAUCAUCCUCUCCUCAUCACUCUUCUCUUAUCUUCUUAGAGUAUACUAAUUCACUGUUUAAUGGCUUCCUCGAGGGUGGUCUUCUCCGAUUUGAAGUCCAGCCCACAGAAUAGAAAGAAUAAAUUUUACCAGAUCCAAACUGUAAAACGGCUGCACAACGAGUGGAUAGAGAAUACAUAUCGAUGGGUCACUGGAUUUCUGGAAAUAUUUGAAGAAGGUUUCAUAAGAAGGGGACUGCAAUCAGAGGGGGUAUUCAAGAGAGGUGAAUCAGAAAAUUCCCAGAAACAAACUGGAGAAUGGUGAGUAUGAUGACGCAGACGAUCAAUUCUAUGAAGAAUAUUUUGACCAUGACUUGGGCAGGGAUGAGUAUAAAGAUGAACGACACUAUGCAAGGGUAAAGAUGUUGAAGAAGAGGAAGAGAAAACUGUUAAGACGGAUGCAAAAGACAACAAAAUCAUUUCACUCAUGACAUGGAAAGGAAGUGAAAAAAGCAUUGUGCAUGAUAACGAUGAUGCAGUAAGUCGAGAAAAUCACAAGGUCUUGAAGAACAAAAUAGAAGGUCAACCUCUAUUCAUAUGUCACGGUUAGAUCAAGUGGGGAUGAACUAGACGCCAUGGCUGAGUCAUUGCCCAGGGUUAACUAGAAGGGUGGUCGGGUCAGUUACAUGAUCAAGCCAAGGUUCAUGAGCUUCAAGCCAUGUUUGCAGGGGAAGCAACAUAUAUAACCCACUACUCUACAAUUCUUGGUGCUUAGUUUAGUUGUUUCAAGGAAGCCAAUAGGCUUCUCAAGCAUUAAAAAGUGAUCCUUGAGUGUUUGUUUUAAGAUAUAUAUUUUUGGUCAAUGUGUUUAGAGAAGCUUAAUCAGUUUUGUAAGAUUUUUUUUGUUAAGAAAGAAUAAACUUCUAUUA